AUGGCACAUGGUUUUGGACUAGUCGGCUGCGGGAUGAUCGCUCACUUUCAUGCGAAGGCGAUUGCCGACAUCCGCGGAGCAAAACUCAUCGGCUGCUACGACACCUUCCCCUCCGCAGCCGACAAGCUGGCCUCCACGUUCGACUGUCAGGCUUAUCACAAGCUGGACGAGAUGCUGGCCAACCCCAAGAUCGAUGUCGUGGUGAUCGGCACCCCCAGCGGUGCCCACAUGGAUCCUGCGGUUGCCGCUGCGAAAGCCGGUAAGCAUGUCAUCGUCGAAAAGCCGCUCGAAAUCACGCUAAAGCGUUGCGACAAGAUCAUCGAAGCUUGCAAGAAAGCGAAAGUCCGCCUGGCGACGAUUUUUCCCUCCCGGUUCCAUGCCUCCAGCGUGGAGUUGCGUCGGGCGGUCGACGAAAAACGCUUUGGUGCACUGACCAUGGGCGACGCCUAUGUGAAGUGGUUUCGCCCUCAAUCGUAUUACGACAGCGGCGCCUGGCGGGGCACCUGGGAACUCGACGGCGGUGGCGCACUGAUGAAUCAGGCUAUUCACAGCGUCGACUUGCUCACCUGGCUCAUGGGCCCGGUCACCGAAAUCUCGGCCCACUUCGGCAUGCUGGCCCACGAGCGGAUCGAAGUGGAAGACACGGCCGUAGCCUCACUCCGCUUCGCCAACGGAGCCCUGGGCGUGAUCGAAGCCUCCACGGCGGCCUAUCCCGGCUACUUGAAGCGAAUUGAGCUGCACGGCUCAGAAGGCUCGGCGGCUCUCGAAGAAGAAGACAUCGUCCGUUGGGACUUCGCCAAGAAGGGCCGUCGCGAUGCCGCCGUGAAGCGGAAGAUGAGCCAAACUAUCAGCGGCGGCGGAGGGGCCAGCGACCCCAGCGCCAUCGGGCAUCACGGACACGCCGAAUUAUUCAAAGACACGCUCGCCGCCAUCGAUGCCGGGAAAGACCCUUCGGUCGACGGCAAAGAAGGUCGCCGCAGUGUCGAGAUCAUCCUCGGCAUCUAUAAAGCAGCCGAGACGGGCCGCUCAGUGAAACUCCCCCUGACCAGCGAUCCCGUACUCAAGUCGCGCAAGGAAACGGUCGGCAAGUUGACCAAGAAAAGCACUUCGCUCGUGCGAGUUCAGGUUCUCGGUCAAUACGCGGCCUAUGUCGCCGUUCGCCUAUUUAUUAGCCUGCUGCAAGCGCUACCCAUCGAAAUGUGCCAAACGCUCACCCGUGGCAUGGCAUGGUUCUGCAGCGAUGCCGUCGGCAUCCGUCGUAAGGUCGUCAUGGGAAACCUCCAGCAGGCCUUCCCCGAACGGACUGAAGCCGAGCGGAAGGCCAUCGCCCGCGGCAUGUGGGAACACCUGCUGCUAUUCAUCGUCGAAUUGGCCCACGCGCCGCGAAAGAUUCACGACACCAACUGGCGCGACUAUGUCAACCUGGUCGAACCCCAGCCCUUGCUUCGCGCCCUGCUGGCCGACCGUCCCGUGAUGAUCGUCUCCGGCCACUUCGGCAACUUCGAACUCGCCGGCUACAUCAUCGGGCUGCUUGGCUUCCCAACACACACCGUGGCCCGCAAGCUCGACAAUCCCUACAUCGAUCGCUUCCUGAAUCGCUUUCGCGGCGUUACCGGGCAAUACAUGAUCCCGAAGAAGGGUGGGUACGACGAUAUCCUCGAGGUCUUGCGUUCCAAAGGAACCAUGACAUUCCUGGCCGAUCAGCAUGCUGGAGAGAAAGGCUGCUGGGUCGAUUUCUUCGGACGCGAGGCCUCGACCCACAAAGCCAUCGCACUAUUAGCCCUACAGCACGACUCCCCCGUGGCCGUAGGCUAUGCCGUUCGCCGCGAUCGUCCUUUGCAGUAUUCUUUGCAGCUCGAGGGCAUCACCGAGCCGGCACAGCAGGGCGGGGUGAAAGAACUCACCACGUGGUAUACCAAGCGAAUCGAAGACGCCGUUCGCCGCACACCCGACCAAUAUUGGUGGCUGCACCGCCGCUGGAAAGAGCGACGACGCAAACGGCGCACCACCGCGGUCACAAAACAGGUUGACGACUGCCCCCAGGGCUCGUGUAUCGAACGCGUCGUGGGCGACCGCAUCGUGGCCCUGUUCAACGUCGAUGGCACCUUUCACGCACUCGACGGCGUUUGCCCGCACCAAGGGGGACCAUUGGGGCAAGGAGAACUCUCGGGCACGAUCGUCACUUGCCCCUGGCACGGCUGGCAAUUCGACGUUCGGGACGGGCAGCAUCAGUUCAGUCCCACGAUUCAGCAGCCGUCGUUCGCAACCCGUGUUGUGGGGAACACCGUUCAGGAGAAAGGCUUCGGCCUUGUUGCGGUCUGUUAUGGACAAGCAUCGAUUGUGAUUCAUUACCGCCCGUUUCGUAACAGCGAUCCUCCGGCCCUGGUUCAAAUCUGGCAAUCCAGGGCUGUCGAGCGCGGUCUCACGCAGCCCGUCACGGCCGAGGUGCUCGAAGAGCUGGUGUUCUCCAAGCCCUACUUCGAAAACCGAGGGCUCAUCCUGGCCUGGGACGACGAAACGCCCGUGGGUUUCGUACACGCGGGUUUCGGCCCUUCCGACGACCAACAGCGAAUCUCUUAUAUGCUUGGCGUCACGUGUGCUUUGAUGGUUCGCGACGAUUACCGCCGGCUAGGCAUCGGGCGAGAAUUGAUCACCCGCAGCGAGCACUACCUGAGAGAGAGAGGAGCAAAAGUUCUCUAUGGCGGGGCCAUCCGACCGCUGAAUCCCUUCUAUCUCGGGCUCUACGGCGGUAGCGAACUCCCAGGCGUGCUCGACUCCGAUCAAGCGGCACAACAGAUCUAUCGUGCCUGUGGCUACCGCGAGAUCGAUCGCACGUGCAUCUUCCAACGCGACCUGGCCGGCUUUCGAGCGCCCAUCGACCGCUACCAAAUGCAAAUCCGUCGCCGCAUGACUGUGAAGGUGACCGAAGACCCUCCGACAAAAACCUGGUGGGAAGCCUGCACCUUCGGCGGCUUCGAUCGCACGCGAUUCGAGCUCAUCGACAAAACCACCCAACAAUCGCUGGCCAGCGUCAUCUUCUGGCGCAUCGAGCCCCUGGGCACCAGUUGGGGCGUGCAAGCCGCAGGGUUGGUCGACCUCGAAGUGCACGAAGAACACCGCAAACAAGGCAUGGCCACGUUUCUGGUGAGCGAAGCACUGAAGCAGCUCGGGCAGUCAGGCUUCCACCGCGUCGAAGUCCAAACCAUGCAGGCCAACACCGCCGCGAUCAACCUCUACCAAAAGCUCGGCUUCCGCGACGUUGAAGGCGGCGCCGUGUUUCGCAAGGAAGAGUAA